UCAUCUAUAUACCGUGACUCGCAAGCCAUUUCCUCAUUAACCAGAAAAAUCACGAUGGACGAAUAUUAUCCCAUCAUUGUAGAAGGAAACUGGCAGGCUAAAACUGCUAAAGGUGUGAAAAAUAAACUUCAGAUUUACUUUCAGAGUAAGAAAUCUCAAGGAGGUGACUGCUUCGUGCAAUAUAAUGACGGGAGCAACUCUGCUACGAUUCUGUUCAAAUCAUCUGACAUCCGAGAUGGCGUGCUCUCCCAGGCAGAACACAUUAUUACUAUUGGCAAUCAGCAAAUCAAGUUGAAAGUGUACAAACCCAGCACUGGACAAAAGACAGAGCAGGCAUGUGGAUAUCAGGAGCCAAGCCGAGAUGGUGUGCUCUCCCAGGCUAAAAAUGAUAUUAACACUACCAGUCACCAAAUCGAGACAAAAGUGUGCAAACCCAGUGAUGUGGAGAACCAGGCAGACAGCACUGGACAAAGAACGGAGCAGGCAUGUGAAUAUCAGCAACCAAAUGUCCUGCAAACUGAUGUGGAUGUGAAGAAACCUCAAGAGUCAAGUGCUGUGGUCCUGGAGAACCUUCCAGAUGAUUUUAAUCAAGAUGUUUUGACUCUUUUGGUGGAGAACAUCGGCAGUCUUUCUGAAAAUGACUUUAGCAUGGAAUUAAUACCAGAAUUAAGAAAAGCAGUUGUGACCUUUAAAAACCCCGGUGCUACAGGAAAGUUCCUUGAGGACAGCAGGACACAUGAAAAGUUCAAGCAGUAUAAUCUGAGGGCCCGUGCACUGGAGAGAAGCACAUGUGUGCGGGUGGAGGAUCUUCCAGCUGAGGCUACCAAGAUGCUGCUGGAACUGUAUUUUGAGAAAUGGGGCGGUCCAGUAGAGGAAGUUAUCACAAUUCCAUCAGAGCAAGCAGCCAUGAUUACCUUUAAGGCGGAAGAAGCCAAAGACAGAGUUUUGAAGCAAGAGAAUAACAUCGGUGAUGUUCCAGUCAAGAUAUAUCCCUACUUUAAAUCACUGGAUACAAUUUUGUAUGGUAGCAACAGGCCACAAUUGAAGCUGCCUGAACCCAUUACAGUCAGUGUACAUCCUGCCAUCAGGGAGUUCAUCCUCAAGAAAGGGCAGAUUUCCUCCAUGAAAGACCAGAUGAGCUCACACUUCUGCCACAUAAACAUGGACAAACCUGAAGUUUUGCUCAGUCCUGAUCCAGCAUUACUGAAACAGAAAGGAGUUACCAGAAGACACAUUGAUGGCUGGAGUAAGAAUACCAUUGAUGCCUUCAAGGAAAUCAUCUCAAACUACACAACAUCUGAGUGGCCGGUGUCACAUGCCUUGUGGUCUAAAGUGGAGCGUGAUAUUAAGAAUGUAGUGAAAGAUCAGGUUUUCAUAGAUACGGAUGCCUCUAAAGGGGUGCUGACAUUGGCAGGAAUGACCCAUGAGAUAAUUGGACUGAAACCCAUCAUAGAGAAAUUUUUAGAGAGAGCAACAAAUCAAAUUGAGAGAGAGAAGAACAGUGUGACUGAAUACAUGGAGAUUUCUCCUGCCAUGUACUCUUUGCUUGAACAAGAUGGCAUAAAAAGUGCUGUUUCUCCACACCUGCACAUUGACUACAACAAAAAGAUGAACAAACUAAUUUUAUCAGGGCUUCAUACAGACACUCUUGCCUUCAAGAAUUGGGUCCUUGAGAAGAAAAUAAAUAUAAAACAGAAGCCCUUACAGAUUAACCGUUCAAUCCUGGAGUACCUGAGAUCAGUGGAUUGUGAUGAAAUGUCCAGAGAUCUCUUCAUAUCUCAUGGAAUAACUGCUGUCUACACAAUCGAAAAUGGAGAUGUUGUUGUGAUUGGAAGCACAGAAAGAGCACUUGCUGAGGCAGAGAAGAGGGUGAAUACAGUUCUCACAACCAAAGACCUCACUGUAGAAGAUCAGGGUGUCCUUCAAAUGCCAGCGUGGCAGGAUCUCAAAAAGCAAUUGAACGAAUUGUUCAAUACUUCCAAAAAAACAUUUGUGUCUAUACACAUUUCACAGACAGACAAAGUAAUAGUGACUGGAUUCAGAGAACCAGUGUUGGAAGUCAGUGAGAACUUAAGAAGUUUUAUGGAGGAACACACUAGAAUUGAAGAAACGGUUCGUGUCAAAUCACAUGCAGCAUUUGAAUUAAUAAAAGACAGAAAAUCACAAGACUGGCAGCAUUUAAUUAAGUCUGAUAAGAUGAAAGUGAAUUUUGAUUCAAAGAGACCCUGGAUCAAACUGUCUGGAGAGCGUACUUUUGUCCAGCCAGCUUUGACCUUCUUUAAAGGGUUGGCAGAUGGUCUCUACACGGACACACUGAUCAUUAAAAAGGCAGGAGCAAAGAAGUACUUCUUGGAGCAGGGUAAAAUGAUGCUCUCAAUGCUGUUGAAGGAAAAAAGAUUUGUGGUGGUUCUUCAGGAAGAUGAUAUGCUGGAAGAGGAGGAAGAUGCAUUUACUGAAGGUAGUUUUGAAGAUAUUGGUCAGGUCUCUUGUGAGGUUCAGAUGCCAGGUGGAGUAACUGUUACUGUCAGGAAGGCGGAUAUUUGCAAGAUCAAUGUUGAUGCUGUGGUCAAUGCUGCUAAUGAAGAUCUGAAGCACAUUGGUGGUGUAGCUUUAGCACUUCUCCAAGCUGCUGGACCAAGUCUGCAGCAAACCUGUGACCAACACACAAAAGCAAAUGGGGCUCUGAGGCCUGGAGAUGCCUUCAUCACUGACGCUGGUCGUCUUCCCUGUAAAUAUGUGGUGCACGCUGUUGGACCUCGUUUUAGUGAUUCAGACAGACGUACCACUGUGCAACGCCUGAGACGUGCUGUGAGGGAAAGUCUGAACCAGGCGUCAAGCAGAAACUGCUCUUCUAUUGCAAUUCCAGUUAUUAGCUCAGGGGUAUUUGGUUGUCCUCUUGAUCUUUGCACUGAAAUAAUCGCCAAGGAGGUGCAUGGCUACAUUGAUUAUCAUAACCACAGAGGCUCCAGUAGCACAUUAACUGAAAUUCACUUGGUUGACAAUAAUGGCAGUACUGUGAAUGCCAUGACUCAAGCUGUCAGAAAGGAGUUUGCUGCAUAUAACCCCAAAAUGACUUCCCCUCAUCAAAUCAAACCUCAUGGGUAUAGCAACAAUGGACAAGGGUAUCGUGGAAGUGGUCGUGGUCAUGGUCAUGGCCAUGGAAACUAUGGCCAAAGAAACCAAGAGUUUGAAGACCCCAAAGGUCGUGGUAAUAGAGACUUUGAAGGACAAGCACACUGGAGAGGAGAAAUCUCAAGCUAUGGUGGCAGAUCAGAUAACUCUGAAGGGUUAACUGUUCUUGAGAGAAAAACUACACAAGAGGGACUAAAAAUCACUCUGUGCAAAGGGAACAUCCAGGAUGCGAGUGCUGAUGUCAUUGUAAACACUAUAUCGGAGGACUUGGACCUCAGAAAAGGUGCCAUCUCCCAAGCACUCCUUCAGACUGCUGGUCAUCAGCUCCAGUCAGAAAUCAACACAGCUGCUCGCUUAAACAAUGUUAAUUAUGGUGAAAUGGUCAUCACAGAUGGUUAUAAACUGACGUGUCAAAAAGUCUUCCAUGUAGUUUGCCCAUUUUGGAACGGCUCAGAACUUAAGGUACUCAGUCAGAUCAUCAGAAAUUGCCUGAAAAAUGCAGAAACCUGGAGAAUGGCGUCAGUCGUAUUCCCAGCUAUCGGGACUGGGAAUCUUAGGUUUCCUAAAGAUCUAGUGGCCAGAAUCAUGCUGACAGAAGUCCAGGAAUUUAACUCUACAAACCUUCGAGAGGUAACUGUGAUUGUGCACCCUUCUGACAGGGAGAGUGUAGAGUGCUUCACCAGUGUCUUUAGACAUGGGAUUCAGGGUCCCAUCACAAAAGAAGCACAUCGACAUGUCAAGAUUAAAAAAAACAUUUCUGGCAAGUCAGCUCAGACCUCUGGGGCCGUUGGCAAAGUCUCCUCUCCCUCUCUUGGGGUGCACACUAUGCAGCUGGGUCAAGUGACUCUGGAGGUUUCAUCAGGAGACAUAACUAAAGAAAAAACUGAUGCCAUUGUUAACUCCUCAAAUCAGACAUUUUCACUGAAAGCAGGAGUAUCCAAGGCCAUUUUAGACGCUGCUGGAGUACAAGUGGAACAAGAAUGUUCACAGCUUGGUUUGUAUUCUUUCAAAUGUACAAUUAUCUUCUUGUUGAUGUACAUUACCUUUUUGAAGAGAUCUAGGAAGAUCUCUGAUAUCAACACUGAUCCACAAGUUACUUCAUAA